AUGUCGAACUUAGGUCCAUAUCUACCUCUCUUCUCCAUUGUCGUGUGGAGAGAUGGCAUUGGAAUGCAAGAGCGUUCACUUUCUGAUCAAAAUCCAGGCACAACGACGCCUCAUAGGUGGAGGCGGAUAAGAGUAGAGGCGGAGCGGGAGAGCAGAGGUGGAGGCUGCGAAAUGCGAAUUGAAAUGGAGGCAGGAGGAGAACAGACGCGAAGGCUACGAACUAAUGUUUUAAAUUUUUUGGAUUGGGCUGGGACAUUGGGAUUAUGUCGAUGUUGCUAUGUUAUAAGAACCGUCAGUGGUUUAAACUUAGAAGCGUGCAAUAUACAGAAUCCAGAGGACAUUGAGAAACCAGUAAUAGCUGUUAAUGCAGUGCAACAGGAGAACUAUAGAAAUUUAUACAACACCAGUUUACUGGUGUCCCCUGAAGAAAUGGAAGAGAAUCAGAUAACCUUCUUCAAAAAACUUGACAAUGAGCUUAAUAAAAGUAAAUACCUUCUACAAGGACAAGGUCGAGGAAGUAGCGAGGGAAGCAGCUUUGCUCAAUACACAAAUGGAUGCUUUGAUUGCAUUACGGAUCAAGGUGCUGAAUCUAGGUUUUCAUGGAUCUAG